AUGCAUUUCGAUCUGGUGGCUGGCCACGAGGACCGCGACAGGGAGAAUUUCACCCUCGCCAGCCGGGAUUCGCACAGGUGGUACGCCUAUGCCGACAUGCAGCCCAGAGAGGUGAUCCUGAGGAAGGAUUUCGACUCCGACCAGAGCGCACCGCAAGGCGUGUUCCACGCCGCCGCGAUAGCUCAGGGCUCGGACUUGCGCAGACGCAGCUUGGAGGUCAGGCUGAUCGCGUUCUUCGAAGAGUCUGGGACCAAGGCUGCCGAAGCCGAGAUGCUCUCGCCGAAGGUCAGCAUGCGCAACCGGCAGCUUAUCGGCAUGCUGCCGCCUCACGAGUAA